CUCAAGAAGAAUUCACUCGAUAAAAAUUCUCUGAAACAUUUCACACGUAUAGAAGCAAGCCACAGAUCUCUCCCAAAAUCUCAAAUUCCCCACAGUUUCGAAAAUUCGGGGGGGUUUUACACUUCAUUGAGACCUAGUUGAGGGCAAUGGAGUAAAGAGAUGACGAGGAGGAGGAGUUAAUCGAUGGGCAUGGCCAAGGCAUGGAGGCAUGGCGGCGGCGCGUUGAGUAACCUGACUGCUGUGGCGGCGGUGCAGCAUCGGCAGAAGCAGCAUUGGUUCCUCUCUUGCACCUCUUCGUGGAGGCGGUCAGUCUCCUGGACCGCCGUCUGCGGCGUUAUACUCUUCGCCUUGGGGUUGAUUUCGCUAUUCACUGGCCACGUCGCGACGAAUCUCGACUGGUACUCACAGCACGCCUGGUUCUUCCGACGGGAAAAGAGUAUUCGUGAACCCAUAGAUAUUUGGAAAUCAAAAUAUUCAAAAUUAUACUACGGAUGCAGCGACAGAGGUCCUGGUUUUGCUGGUCCUGUUAAGGAGCGAUCAUCAAAUGGGUACUUACUCAUUGCAACUAGUGGAGGGCUAAACCAACAAAGAACUGGAAUAACUGAUGCAGUGGUAGUUGCAAGAAUUCUAAAUGCAACUUUAGUGGUACCUGAGUUGGAUCACCAUUCAUUUUGGAAAGAUGAUAGUGAUUUUGUCAACAUAUUCGAUGUGAAUUGGUUUAUCAAUUACCUGGCCAAGGAUGUAACUAUUGUCAAGAGAGUCCCAGAGAAGGUUAUGAGAUCAAUGGAAAAACCCCCAUAUACAAUGCGUGUUCCUAGAAAGUCAGAACCAGAAUAUUAUUUGGAUCAAGUAUUGCCAAUACUCUUACGAAGACGUGUUCUUCAGCUGACAAAGUUUGAUUAUCGACUUACAAAUGAACUUGAUGAAGAGCUACAGAGGUUGCGUUGUCGAGUGAAUUAUCAUGCUUUAAGAUUUACCAAACCCAUAAGAAGUAUGGGUCAAAAACUUGUGAUGCGCAUGCGGAAGAUGGCAAAACGUUUUAUUGCUGUUCAUUUGAGGUUUGAACCUGAUAUGCUGGCAUUUUCUGGAUGCUACUAUGGUGGGGGUGAUGAAGAAAGAUACGAACUUGGUCAAAUAAGGAAACGAUGGGAUACAUUACCUGAAGCAAGCCCGGAUGAAGAGCGGAUGAGAGGGAAAUGCCCUCUGACACCACAUGAAGUUGGUCUAAUGCUGCGAGCAUUGGGAUUCGAAAAUGACACGUACCUUUUUGUUGCAUCCGGGGAAGUAUAUGGUGGAGAAAAGACUCUGCAGCCCCUAAGAGAACUGUUUCCAAACUUCUAUUCCAAAGAGAUUCUUGCCGGUGAAGAAUUAAUACCUUUCUCUCCAUAUUCUUCUCGCAUGGCCGCAAUUGACUACAUCGUGAGCGAGGAAAGUGAUGUCUUUGUCACCAACAAUAAUGGAAACAUGGCAAAGAUCCUCGCUGGUCGAAGGCGUUACAUGGGACACAAGAGAACCAUAAGGCCAAAUGCGAAAAGACUCAGCGCUCUGUUCAUGCAACGGGAGAAGAUGGAUUGGGAUGCGUUCGCCACAAAGGUCAAAUCAUGCCAGCGCGGGUUCAUGGGAGAGCCCGACGAGAUGAAACCUGGGCGUGGCGAGUUCCACGAGUACCCCGCCGCCUGCAUCUGUCGCCAACCGUUCAAGCUGUCCGACGACGCGAAUUCUACUCAAGAACACAUCAUCGAUGACCUCAGCGCAAAGAACAUGCAGGAAUUCACGAAAGUGAGUGAAGAGUCGAUGUCAUCUGUACUCCAAGAGAGUGACCAUGAGAAUGACCCAUUGUCUGAUUAACCCAAAAGGAAUCUACAAAGCAUCACUGGCCUUGAAAGGAGGGACAUAUCUCCAAGGAAAGGGAAUCUGAUCUUUCAAAGGAAAUGGUUGCCCCUCCACACACACGUGUGGUACGUGAUCGUGGAAUGGACGGGACCCAUAUUUGGAAGAUGGUCCUAGACCAAGCGUUGCUCGGGGAGCCCAAGUUUUGUUCUAACUAGUGACCAUGAGCUGCAACUGUUCAU